CCCCCCCCCCCCCCCCCAGAAUUCCAGACAGCGGCUCUCCCCGCUCCAUCCAGAUCUCGGCUUUGCCUCAACGCUCUGGCUUUGCGCUUCUCAAGACAGCUCCUACCCAUUAUUCAUGCACUCUGAUGUGUUUGUUGAUUGUUGGGUAGCUUAGAGGGGGCAGCUGGAUCGCAAAAUAUUGAUGUCCCCCGUGUUAAUCGAUCUAUGACAGUCUGCCACCAUGGACCAGGGAAUCAACCCAUUUGUGACGGCCAAACCUCCCAACCCACCCAAGAACGCCGGGCCUUCACUCCUCGCCUGCCUGCUGUGCCGACACAAGCAUCUCAAAUGUGAUGGCAACACACCCGUCUGUGGCCGCUGUGCAGCCACGGGCGCCGAGUGCCAAUACACCCCGUCGCGUCGCGGCUACAAAGGCCCGUCAAAGAAACGCCGAGCCAACCCGUCCUCCCCCGAUCAACUCCCUACCGACCUAUCGGCUUCGUUUGAGGCCCAGCCAUUCUACAAUGUCCCCUCCGAAUGGGUUCUUCCCGGGAACAUGCCGCUCAUGCCAGUGACGACGCCGCUCCCCAGCACCAGCACGUUGCCGCCUUCCCUUCCGACCACCAGCCCCGAGCUGACGACCGAUGGCUCGGUCUCGUCGCAGCCUCUUCGCGCGGCUCACAGCCCCCUUACCCCGGACUCGUAUUCUUCCAACCCUGGCGACAAUUACCUCAUUGAUAUUUACUACACCUACUUUCACCCCUCCCACCCCAUUCUGCUCCCAUUCCGGAUUCUGUAUCGGUCUCAUGUCCCACCUUUCCUGGAGCAUGUGAUCAAAUUCAUUGGCACUCACUUCACCCCCGCAGCGUCCAGCGACACGUACAGGCCGACCGUCAUGUCGUCUGUCAUGGAACAGGAUCCUUCGGUGGAAAAGGUUCAGGCCCUGUUGCUGCUGGCCAUUGUUCUUCAUUCGCGGAACGAGCGAGCUGAUGCCGGAGUGUGCAUCGCAAUGGCCGUGGACCUGGCUUUUGAGCUCGGGCUACACACCCGACACUUCGCCCAGACCAUGGGAGAGGGGGAUCCGGUGCGGGAGGAGAGUCUGAGACGAACCUGGUGGGAAUUGUUCAUCAUUGAAGCCAUGCUGACUGCCCUCGGUGUUCAGCCGCAAUACCGUUGCAACACCGUGCCUUUGGAAGUGCCACUUCCGUGCGAGGAGAGGAUUUAUCAGGACGGACUGGCUCCCCCGCCCCCAUUGACGAUCGCACAAUUCGAUGAGCGGGCGUUCGCAGAUGAAGAACGGGAUUUCUCCUCCUAUACCUACCGCAUCGAAGCGGCUCGCAUCUUAGGGCGGGUGGUGGCCAUUCAGGAUAUGGUCGAAGGCCAGCAGGAUCAGGUCGAAGCUACCGACGCUCGGAUUACUAGCUGGUUCCAUCAUUUGCCCGAGUCCAAGGCUGAGCUUCUGCGUCCUGAUGGCUCGGUGGAUGAGAUGAUGUUCCAGGCGACUAUGGUCGUCAACGGGUCGUCUAUCUACCUGCACUUCCCGCGCUCGGAUCUGCUGUCGUCUCCCGCUGUGGCCGCGGAGGUGAUCUGCGGUCAUCAUGGGCCGCUGAGCAUCCCGGCCUUCUCGCACCAUGCCCAUGCCAUGAAGGCCGUCAAGGCCGCCAGCGAAAUCUCGACGUUGGCGUCGAUCCGGAUGCCCGUCGUCAAGCACACCCCGUUCUUCAUCUGCACGUUGGUAUUGAGCUCCAUGGUGCAGCUUGCCGCCUGCUCGGUGAAAGCCGGCCAAAUGCCCGACCCCAGUCGGGACCGGCUUACACUGACAAUCGGCGUGUUCAAGACGCUGGCCCGCACGUGGGCCAUCUCCCAGAGCAUCAUGCGGCAGAUCAAGGCGGUUGCGCGCGACGUGAUGGACCUUGGGCUCCGACCCAAUAUGGACCAGAUCGAUCUCAACAGUGUCUUGGAUAAUGGCCGCUUUUGGAUGCCCGACAUGCUGCCUCGCUGAAGAAUCUGAGUCCGGUGCAUCACCUGUGUGGUGUUCCUCAAUUGUGGGAGACGUCAUGCCUAUUGUCUUCUCAUCAAAGAAUAUAUCAGC